ACCAGGGGCAACGCAAACAUCACAGGUCACAACUCAACGGUGGACACACUUUAGACUUUAGGCUCGUGUGAUUAUUUGGUUUUGUUUUGGGGGACAUUUUUCCUCUUAACAUGCCACCCAAGAAGACCCCAGUGAAAAAGCCAAACGUCGCUACAGCCGACAAGGACACGGGAGAAGAGGCCAGUCUCCUCGGAGCACAGCUUGAUGAGGACUCAUGGCGGUCCUGCGUGUCUUUAGUGGUUGAGAAAAGUCCGGCGGACGAAGACCUCAUCCAGGCGUUAGCUUCGGCUGUGCAGCGGCCACAGCGCAAACUUUUCACUUUGCUAACCCGAAACAGCAUCGUUACGAAGAUUUCUGAGCUGGGAAAUACGAAAGGAAAAAAACCGGAAUAUGUUACCGUGUUUAUCGAGCUUUUGCAGUCUGCCAGGGUGUGGCUGGAUGCAGGAGAAGACAUCCCCGUUGACCUGAUGGCAAAAAUACUAAAGCUGCAGCUGCUGCAGGUUAAAAGCAGUGAUCAACAUAGACGAGAAGCUGAACAGAUUGAGGCAGAAAAAGCAAAGGGCGACCCUCCCCCUGACAUCGCAGAUAAAACCAGAGCCUCUGACAAAAGGGCAAAGACUCCCUCCAAACCCGUGACAUCCGUCAUGGAGAAGAAAACCAAACUUCUGCGUAGGGGGGAAGUUGAACCGCCCACAUAUAUAGACGAUGAGCCAGACUGGGGUCCUCAGCACUACGUUCUCCUGGUGGGCUUCUACCAGCCCCUCCUGAUCGCUGCUCUCGACGGCAUCGGUGUCCAUGUUGCAAAUGUCAUCAAACUUUGCUGCGAUCGCACACAAAUCCGCAGGAAGGAGCAGGAACAACAGAGCUGUGAUGACAGUGAACCGAGCCAAGCAGCGUCUGCGAUCUCAGAAGCAGAGUUGGCUGUUCAAGCCACGAAGCUGGAUCUGUUCUGGUCAGGAAUGAGAGCAGUCUUGGACAGCGGGCUGCCCCAUUCCAGGCUACAUGAUGUGGUUCCACUCAGCUACAUUGUCCAAGACUUUCACACCCAGGACCCCAACGACAGGAUGGAGCUCGGGAGCCGGAUUUUUGAGGGCGUGGCCAAUCUGAUCUAUGACUGUCUGCAGUGGCGCAGAGAGCAUCAGCACUACCGCAACAAACUGCAACUUUUACAUGUUCCUAGCAUUUCAGGUUCGGGUUACAAACCUGCCGAGGAUGCACCAACAAGCCCCUUUCAAAGCCCAAUCAACACAAAGAAACCAGUUUGUGAGGAAUCUCAAAGAAACCAAGUGGACAUGUGUUACUAUAACUCCCUGCUGGACCUCAUUCCUCCUGAAGCCUGCUCUGUGCCCUUGAUGCUGCACUGCAUGCUGGAGCAGGUGGUGAUUUCCACAGAGCAGCUCGCCGUGCCCCAUCACUCAGGGGAGCCUGAAGCUGACGAGAACAUGUGGUUAGACGGGCAGCUGGUCAGAUACAUGCUCCAGAGCUUCCUGCCUCAAAUACCCACAGAAGAGGAAAAACGCCACCUAAUAAGUGACCUUCUCACUGCUGUCCAGGAGGAUGAGGAUAAGAAGAGGCUGAUGGAGGAGUUUGGUGGAGAGGAAGCUCAGAAGAAAACUGGGCAGCCUUUGGUCAUCAAACAUCUGGAUGAGAGGGCGUUACGGCUGAGGGACGUCUCUGUGGGGCACGGUUUUAAUCCGGCAGAGGUGGAGGCAUCCAUGAUGAGGCUGUCUCCCGUCUUGCAAGAGAUCCAGUCUUUAGAGAGGAGGAGAAAGGGCACCUCGAGGUGGACGUCAGUCCGACAGCAGCUGCAGCACUUCUGCACAGACGAGACGGUCACUUGGGCAGAUGUGGAGCUCCUCUUUCAUCUGAGCGUGUUUGAGGCGAUGGCGUUGACCACCGUGGAUGAGCGCGGCAUGUUGCGCGAUGCCGUCAGACCUGUGGGACGGUUGGAAGCGACUCAGCAGCAGAGUCAAACCUUCAUUCCCUGGGAUGAUCCUGAAGCCUUCGCCAAACAGCAGCUUCUCAACCUGAAGAGCAAAGAAGGCAGCAGUCAGCUGGAUUUAUCUUCUGACCUGCAGAGAUGUCGACGGAGAUCUCUGAAUGACCGGCACUACACUGAGCAUCACAGUGCCGAUGUCCUCCAGCAGGUCCUUCUUUUGGCUUCAGAGGAAUACUGCUGCCUGGACGCUUUUGGUGGAACACACAAUGACACCCUAUAUAUUUUUUGCCACAAUCCCAUGAAUCCGGAUCGGCAGUGUCAGGAAUUUUGGAAUGUUGCACUUCACACAGAUGUCAAAUUCAGGAAGUACUUGGAGCAUGUGGCCGAUACCAUUACAGACUGGACGAGAGAGGAGGAAUCAAAAAAGGCGGCCCUGGUCUUUAGGAAUAAGAGCCUUUCUAAGACUCCAGAAGAGGACGGGGUCGAUGAGUUUGUGAAGGAAGAAGACACUCUGGAAGCGGUCAUCAGAAAAGGCUCCUUAAAAGCCUGGAAAGCAGAGCAAGAGCAGCUGCAGGAAGAGGAAAUGGCCAAAAGGCUAAAGACGCCAAAGUCUAAAGGCAAGCAGCAGAAGGAGGCACAGGCUUCAGCUGAGAAGGACAAAGAUUUGUCUGGUGGGAAGAAAAGCCGACCAAAUACAGCAGGACUCCAAAGGGAAGCUCCCAAAGAGCCCAUAGUCACAACAGAGCCGACAGAGGAGCCAUCAAAGAGUUUCCGGGGCUACAGGAUGGACGGUCAGCUGAUCCACCUGUCGGGUCACGUCCAGAACUUGUUCCCUUCAGACGGAGGACAAAUCACAGUGGAAAAUUUCAACUUUGUUGAAGGUUCCAGUCUGAUGAAAGUGGCUGUGAAGAAGGAUGGACAUCAUUUCUACACACACAUCAAUCGAGUUGUUAUUGAGUCUAUAAAAGCUGAGGGGCCACAAGACGAUACACCUACAAGCCUAACGGAGACCCCUAAAGUGUCUGAGGUUGUGGAGAGGAAAAUUGUGAAGCAGGGCUCGUUCACAGCAGAGCUGGAUAAUAAAAUCCACCUUUCGUACAGUUUUUACGGUCCCACGGGAGAAUGCUCAGGAAAUUCCCCAGAAAAAAAAGGAGAAACCCCAAAAGCCUCCACCUUGGAGCCAACUGUUCCCUCCUCCACCUGCUAUUCCAAAGGGUGUGAAAACCAAUCAGAUGGACCCCCUCCAGGUCUUCUCAGUGGAUUUAAUGUUUCCGUUCCAAGUGGUCUGUUGCUGCAGUUUCAGCCUGAGGAUGCACAAGGAACGUCACCUCAUGAAAAUGGUAUUUCAGUGAGACAGAGCUUCCCGCUUCAUAUCAGGAAAGGAGCGCAGCAUCUCCCAGACAAAUCCCUCUCUAAUGAACUGUCCCGCAUCAUCACUGGUCAGGGAGAUGUAGUUCGAUUCCUGAAAGAUGGCUCCACAGAGGUGCUGUUUGCAGACGGCUCUGUCAGUGUUCGCCAUGAUGCCGGUACAGUGUGGGAGUCCGACGGCGAAGCUCAAAACUCGCAUCAACAAGUUGAGAAUCCCAAGAAAAGUGAGACUGCAGCAGGUAAGACGGAGGCUCUCAAAGGAUGUUGGCAUACUACAACCCCAACUGGAAGUCGCAUCUGCACUGUUGGAACCACAAAUGUCCCCACUAGCCCACUUCUGACCCAUAAGGCCACAGACCCCAUCACCAAUCAGGUGAUGCUGAGUCGCGAGGAUCUGGUUGUUUCUGUGGAGAAUCCGGAUGGAUCUCGAGUUGUAGAGCACGCAGAUGGAACCAGAAUCACCAGCUUUGUGCAAAUCCUGCAGCCACUAAAUGGCCAGAAGCCAGAAGUGAUCCCUUUGAAGUGGUCUCGUCGGAGUGGCUGCAAAUACGAAAAGGAGGCUGUGACGAGCAGAAACAGUGCAGGAAACUCUUCCACACAUGCCUUUUCACAUAACGAGCAGGUCAUGUCCUUUCACGACAUUGUGACUGAUGAUAAAGGAGCAUAUGGGAUGGAUGACAGAGGAGCGUCCAACAAAGAGCAGGUAGUUAUGGUGGAGAAAGAAGGCCAAGCCACAGUAGUGAUGCACCCUCAACGCCACACAGCUCAGGCAUUUUUAGCAGAUGGCACGGUCGUCACUGGCAACAACCAAGGAGAGUAUGAGGUGUUCCCAUCCAGCGCCGGGUUCCUGCAGAUCCAGCGUGAUGGAAAGUGCAUCUACUCCUCUGAUCACCAAGUGUCUCCUAACCAAAAGGCUUUCAUCCUCACUAACGAAGCAGGAACAUACACCAUGAGUCACACAGACACGGUGGCUUGUUACAUCACAGAUGACGAUGGGAACCACUUCCAGGUAAUGGAAGACGGACAGAUUUCAGUGUUAAAACUGAGUUCUGCUUCAAGCUCACAGGAAAAGUUUGAGGAGGAAGAGGGCGGGGCAACAAGUAGAUUCAAACACAAACAUCACUGUCCCAGGUUGUUUUUGCUGCACGCCGAUGGCUCAGGCACUGAAUUUCUGAGUUCUCACUGUGUGGAGAAGUGGCUGGACGAAGCCUACUCUGAUCCCACUGUAGCGCUGCUGAAGGAGCCGCUGCCAAACCAACCAGAUGCGUUUGGCAUCACCAUCUUAAAGCCCAGCCCCCAGAGUGUGUGGUCCCAGUGGUUGCUAGGGAAACAGGUCCCUGAUGUCACUCCUCCAAACCUUAAAAACCGCAGCUGGCAUGACUUUCCAGGAAUGGAGAAGAGGAGCCCAGGUCCCUCUUUUGGGACCAACAUCGGGGUCAGCCUGACCCUGAGAGAGAAGAAGGCGGGUCCUGGAGCCCUACUUCAACCUAUGAGGAGCUGCCCUAAGGUUUUAGAGAUGAGGGAGCUGCGUGAGCACAGAGCAUUCACCAAACCACUCAGAGACGCGGUCGACUCAAGACUGAAGAAAUUCAUCGAGAGUUUGAUGGAGGGAGAGCAGCUGUCAGAGGAGAGGAAAGUGAAAGACCCUCGUACUGAGGAGGAGCAGGAGCGCUCCAGAGAUCUCUACAGACUCAUCCUGUGUGUUCCAGGGGAAGAUGAGCCAAGCACUCCUGUAGAUAGCAGCCAGUCAGUGGGCAACAUGUACUGUCGGGGAGUGGGAGCGUCUAUGGGGGGUGUUCCAGAAGACUCUGAGAAACAGGCUGGACUCAGUUCUGAAUUUUUAAUCAGGGGUGUUGAUUCAAAAUGGGCUGAAAUGCUUUCAAAACACAGAUGUGAGCUGGACGAGGAGAAGACACACAGGGAGGCUUUGAGGAAGAAAAGCAUUGUUCCUUACUUUCAUCCGGAAAACUUUUCAUUAUAUCAAAGUUUGCUGCAGAACCAGGCGUCCGUCAUGGGGGGGCGCUCCGACAAUCGUCCACUGAUCUUCAAGACCAAAAGGGACGAGGCUUUCAUGAACCAUGCUUUUCCAGAGCACACACUACGACCCUUAAAUCCAACUCCAUCUCAGUCUGAAAGUCAUGUAGCAGAAACGGAGGAGCUGCCUGAUAGCAGGCCGCCCAACCCGACGCCACACACAGCCGGUGACGGCAGUCUGAGGGGCUCCACCAGGCGAUGCAAGUCUGUUCAGCUGGAUGUGACCGGGAAGCUCAGGAAGAGCAGAGUCAGGCUACCAAACUGCAUCAUGAGCUCUAAAGCUCGCAGAGUGCCCAACCAAAAUUUCUUGACAGUCGAGGAACCGGUGAGGAGGAAGUGUCGGACUGCGUCUCUUGCUGACCCUCGAGCCAUAAUAAGAGGCUUUCAGCUCCUGCCGUGGAGCGUGGACUUCGGCGUGGUGCAGGCGGGGACCCUCUCCACCGCUGCAGUGCUCAUGAAGAAUGUGGGCGUUGACACAUGCAGGUUUCAUGUGAAGCAGCCCCCUCUCGCCACAGGUCUCCGAGUCCUCUACAACUCCAGACCCGUAGCUGCAGGCCUGCAGACUGAACUGAAGGUUCAACUGUUUGCCAUGAGUUCACUCCUAGCAGAAACAGAGUCAAAGAAGUACAUCUCCCAGGAUAUCAUCAUCCUCACUGAGACAGACAUCUUCUAUCUGCCUGUGACCGCUAUCGUUGUUCCUGAGCAGCUCAUGGAUGAAGAAAACACCGAAGCACAGAAGAAGAGAGACUCAACAAGCAAAAAUGCUCCUCAGGCUUGUUUGUGAACUCAAGUUACUAUCCUACAAUAAUAAAAAUGACCUCAGAUGCCA